GUGCAACCGGUAGCUAGCUAGGUCAAAUGGACAUGUCUCUUUAUCGAAAGAAUAAUAACAAUAUUGGACAGUGGUACAACAAUAAUGUAGUUAGCCAUUGGGAGUAGCCAGUUACAGACGAGAUUUUCACUUAACUGACGUUACCUCGCUACAGUAUUUGUACAAGGUAAAGUAGCUAGCUAUUGUCACUCUUCAUGUUUAUUGUUAUUUUUACGCACGAACGUUAGAGUUAGUGCUAGCUAGCUUACGGUAACCUACUACAGUAGCUAGCUACCUUGCUAAUUAGCUACGUUAGCUUGCGGUGCUCGUUUUUUUUGUCAGCUAACGUUAGCGAUACACAACCCAUAGCUAUCAAUGAAGUAUAUGUUAUGGUAGUCAUUUCAAUGUGUAGUCUGCUGACAAUACUCCGGUGUGUAAAUUAUGUCGUUACCAAGUAAAACUCAACUCCACGAUGUAGCUACUUCACAUCAGCGCGGAGUUGAGUUUACUUGUUGGCUAUCCGGGGUGUUGCAAAUGUCAUUAUCAUAACUAACUAACCUAGCCAGCUAGUUCACGUUAGCUAGUUGCCUAUCCAGCUAGCUGAAAGUACCAGUAACUAGCUAACAAAUAAACAACAAGUUAAGUAGCUAGCUAGACACAUAUUUAUUUAGUUUAGCGAAGGUCAAGGUGUCUUAUAUUUAACUUAACUAGCUAAUAAGAAACCAAACUGUCUUCAUCCGUUUAGUUGUUAUUGAUUUACCAGACGUAGUUACCUACUGUGCCGUUAAAUCCUUGGUAAAAGGCCAGGAUAACAGCUUUCCCAGCGUCGCUAAAACCAUUGACAACUGCGUGCGGAUGAAGGGAUUGUUAAAUAAAUGUUAACUAUUUGGUUGUAAUAUCGUCACCUCUUGAAGAGCAUAGUCAGAACUACCCAUGUCCUAUUAUUCCAUGCAAAACAAUCAGCAGAGAUAUACCGUAAGUAACUGCUUUCAUGGUCAGUAAACAAAAUUGAUAAUGUAAUUUCAGGGACUUGAGUGUAGCCUCACUACAUCUCUCAAUACUGAUAACGUUUAUACUUUGCAAUCUACCUACUGUUAGCUGAUAAUGUUUCUACUUUGCAAUCUACCAGUAGAAACUUUGCACAGUUGGUUAAACAUAUAGGUAAGUAGACCUAAAGUAAUUUUCUUUUCCAACUAACGUAACGUUACAUGCUGACCACACUGCCCGCUUCGCGUGCGUUGCAAAAUAAAUUUACACAUACAUGUUAUUCAACCAUUGCACCCACACUGCUCAUGAGCGUAUGUGUAGCCAGGCUCUAAAAUAGACUUUGGUUCUAUUUGUAACAUGCAGUGUUGCCAAUUUAGCGACUUUGUCGCUAUAUCUAGCGAGUAUUCAGACCCCUCUAGCGACACAUAAAAAAUAAAAAAAAAUCGACUAGCGACUUUUUCUGGUGUUAUUGGAGACUGAGGUGAAAGCACGUAUCGUUCUUACUCUUCUCAAUUAGCAGCGGGUGCUGCCAUGGGCCCCACACCCGUCCCAAAGCACUCACAGGCGGCCCAGUCCUCGCGCAGCAGCCAGUUGCAAUCAGAGCAGGAGCUGUUCAUCCCUCCUGGUCCAGACUGCAAAUUAAUAGCGCAUGCGGGAAGCAGUCGCUGGCUGAUCCCGCCCUAGCUUACAUUCAGGGCGGGAUGUAAAUGUAAAAUGUUCUUUGUCUAAAAUAAAUCACUGCACAAAAAUAAAUCACACAGCCUCAGUCACUUACUCACCUCGUCCACUGUGUGUGUGCCUCUCUGUGACAUAAGCUAAACAUCUAGCUGGCUAGCUCAUCAUGUCUCAGUCUAAACUGUACACUAAAAAAUACAGAAAGGAGUGGGAAUCAAACCCGGAAUUCAAAGGCUGGUUGAAGCCGUUUAUUGGAGAUGAUACACGGGCAUACUGCCUGUAUUGUAAGGCUGAUUUCUACGCCAAACUUAGUGAUGUAAAAAAAACACAUGACAACUCAAAAACAUACUCAAAAGGCAAAGACUUAUAACAGUUCCACCCAAAACAAGCUGCCAUUUAUGGUUUAAAAAAAUUUACUCUGCAAAAAAGGCUGAGGCCACCAUGGCAUUAGCUAUCGCUGAACACUGUUCCAUGCUGGCAUGUGAUCACAUUGGAGAAGCAUGUAGAGCUGCUUUCUCAGACUCCACUGCUACUACCCACUUCAAAAUGCACAGGACAAAGUGUACAGAAAUUAUUAAUGGUGUUCUAGCACCAUACUUUCUGAAAAAGUUGGUCGCAGAUGUAGGUGACCAGCAUUUCAGCCUCCUCCUCGAUGAGUCCACGGAUGUAAGUGUUUCUAAGUACCUGGGGGUUGUGAUAAGGUACUUUAGUGACACCAAGCAGACAAUUGUAUCAACAUUUCUGGGGCUUGUUGAGUUGGAGGUAGGAGAUGCCAAAUCUAUAGCCCGUGCUGUUGUGGCUUUCCCCGAGAAGUGUUGUCUUAAAAAAGAGAAACUCUUGGGGAUAUGGACUGACAAUGCCUCUGUUAUGACGGGGAUUAACAAUGGGGUCCAUAAAGUGCUGAAGGAGGAGUAUGGCCUCAAAGAUCUGGUUCUUAUUCACUGUGUGUGCCACUCGCUGCAGCUUGCUGUAAGUCAUGCUUCCAAUGACACCAUCCCCCGUAGUGUGGAGUACUUGGUACGAGAGACUUAUAACUGGUUUUCAGUGUCUCCAAAGCGCAGGGAGGCCUACAAGGCCAUAUAUGAGACCAUCAACUGUGGGGAGAAACAUUUACAGAUAACCAAGGUGUGUGCCACACGUUGGCUCUCCAUUGAACCCGUGGUUUCACCACGCAUUUUGGACCAGUGGGGGGAGCUUAGGCUGCAUUUCACAGUCACCAAGUCCAGUGAACACUGCUACAUGGCUGAGGUUUUAUACUCCAUGUACAGUGAUCCUCAAAACAUAUUGUAUCUGACUUUUUUGAAGUCAGUGCUGGGUGAGGUACAGUUGGCCAUCAAGUCUUUUGAGGGAGAGCAAGUAGAUCCUCUUAAGCUACUUGACAGCUUGGUUAGCCUGAUCAAGUCUGUGAACAGCAGGGUGCUGAAUCCACUGGCAAAUGUUGAUGUACUCAAAGGGCCAAUAGAUGGAUACAUCAGUCCCAAACCGUACCUUGGUUACCUUUUUGAGUCAAAGGCAGCUGAGCUCCACCUUGCGCCUGAGGAUGAAAAAAAUGUCUGAAAGCGGUGUGUAGCCUUCACCAUCUCCCUCACUAAUGAGUUGAGGGUGAGACUGCUGGACAACAUCGAAGCAUUGCAGUACAUGUCAGUUUUCAAUGUGGAGGAAACUCUAAAGCACAAUAAGAGCCCUGGAGAAAUAGAAAAAAUAGCCAAGCUCCUUGGCUUCUCCCCUGCAGAGAUAGACAAGAUUGUCCAGCAAUGGCAUGCCAUCCAUCUUAGUAAAUGGAAUGAGACAAAAAACACACUCGGCUUCAGGAGUGAGAUUUGGAAGUUGAUAUCAACCCGUUUCAAGAACUUGCCAUGGCUGCCGUGUCUGUGUUGUCCUUGCCACACUUGAAUGCUGAAGUCGAGAGAGUAUUCAGCCAGAUGAGUGUGGUAAAAAGCAAACUUAGAAAUCGGAUGUCCUUGCAGACCCUUAACUCCAUCCUGUACAUUUGAUAUGGACUGAAGCUGUCUGGUGAUGCUUGCUAUGAGCACCAGCUGCCUGAUAAUGUUUUGCAGCUUUUUGGCACAUCAGCUGCUUACUCAUUUCAGUCAGCUCCCUCAGUUGCUGAACCUGCCAUAGAGCGCCUUGACCAAAAUGACGAUGACCCACUCUUUCUGUGAGCCAGCACAGCCUGUGUGUGUGUGGAGGGGGGUCUGGAAAAAAACAACAAUUAACCUGAAUUAGGGCCAGACUAGUUACCAUCAUUUUCUCACAUUGCCAUUGACAGUUUUUUCUAUUGUCUCUUUUUGGUCCAUUUAGAUUGUUCAUGUAGAUUGUAUACAAAAAAAUGUUUAAAAUGUUAUGGUUAAAAAUGUUCAUGUUUUACUGUGACUUGUUGUAGGCUCCUAAGUGGACCAUAAGGUUAAAAACCAAACCAAACUUAAGAAAACGAAAAAAAAAAAAAAAAAAAAAAACAAAGUAACUCCGCCAGAGUGUCUCUUUUGGGUCACUUUUGCUGGUCCCAAGCCUGGAUAAAGGAGGAGGGUUGGAAUUGUGACAUAAAAAAAAACAAGAAUCGACAGAAGGAAGUUCAUUUGUAGUUCUAAACAUAUUUAGGGUGUUUUUUACUCACUUUUUGUCUCUCCCACAACGUUAUUCCUCUCUCCUACAGCGUCCAUCACAAUUACAUGCACAUGGACAAUUAUGCAAAUUAGGUGAUGACAUCAUUUAGCGACUUUUAGGACAGCCAAUAGCUACUUUCCUUACUGAGGAGUUGGCAACACUGGUAAUAUGUCACCUAGACCGCACGCGCGCAAGUAGAUUUUGUCCCCCCACACCAGAAGCGAUCAGGACACACAGGUUAAAAUUUCAAAACAAACUGAACCAGUAAUGUUAAUUUCGGGACAGGUCGAAAAGCAUUAAAUAUUUAUGGCAAUUUAGCUAGCUAGCUUGCUGUUGCUAGCUAAUUUAUCCUGGGAUAUAAACAUUGGGUUGUUAUUUUACCUGAAAUGCACAAGGUCCUCUACUCCAACAAUUAAUCCACAGAUAAAACGGUAAAAGUUAGUUUUCUAGUAAUCUCUCCUCCUUCAGACUUCUUCUUCUUUGGACUUUAUAUGGCGGUUAGCAACCAACUUUAUGGUGCAUUACCAUAAAAUAACCACCCAAUUGUUAUAUCCCAGGACAAAUUAGCUAGCAACAGCAAGCUAGCUAGCUAAAUUGCCAUAAAUGUUUAAUGCUUUUCGACCUGUCCCCAAAUUAAUAUAGUUGGUUCAGAGUUUGUUUUGAUAUUUCAACCUGCAUGUCCUGAUCGUGUCUGGUGUGGGUGGAAAAAUCAACAUGCGCGUGAUGGCGGACGCACGCGGUGUGGUCAGCAUGUUAGGCCUACCCAACGAAGUUAGACAACAUUAUCCCCUUUUCAUUGUUUUUAAGACUGUUUAAUCACGAUUGCUGCUGACAGACAUGAUAGGCUAUAUGUCAAAUUGGCUAGCUAGCUAAUAAGAGAUAACGUCAAUAUAACAAGCUAUCUUUCAGGGGACUAGAUGGCUAUAUUUGCUUGCCGUCUAUAGUGGUGAUGACAGUAGUCCGAUUUACAACUUUACCAGGAGGAGGACAAAACUAUUUUUAACCUGCACUUGAAUGCUGAUGAUACUGUUGUGUAUGCCGUUGACUGGGCUCUAUCUAAACUACUGUUUGCCUUCAUUGUAUUACAGAAAAACUUGAUUGACCUGAAAUUAGUAUUGAAUGCAGGUAAAACUAAGUAUAUGUUGUUCUCCAGAGCGCAUAAAAAUAACUGAUUUAAGCAUAUGUACUUUGGAAGGUGUCAAUAUUAAAUGUGUCCCUGCUUACAAAUAUCUGGGCAUCUGGAUAGAUGAAAUCUGUAUUUUUAAAAGCACAUUGAUGAGUUAGUUAAGAAGCUGAGAAUAAAAAUGGGCUUAUUCUAUAGAAAUAGGUCCUGCCUCUCGCUAAAUAGUACAAAUCAGAUUAUUCAGUCAAAGUUCCUGUCGGUCCUAGACUAUGGCGACAUCAUCUAUGUGAACGCAGAUGCCACUUCAUUAAAGCUGUUAGAUGCAGUUUAUCGUAGCGCACUGUGCAUUAUUAUGGGUCUCUGGGAUGGCUAACUCUGGAAAUUCCUUUGGUCUCUACUGAGUUAGGUAAAUCAGCUUUUAGUUUUCUUUCUGCUUGCAUUUUGUAAUUAUAUUAUAAUGUGUGUAUUUUCUGUAAUUUCUGUAAUUCAGGGCUCAUCUGUAAAAGAGACCUUGGUCUCAGUAUGACUACCUGAUAAAAUAAAGGUUAAAUUAAAAAAACGGUUUUAGCGGAGCAGGGGUUCUACUUGCUCCCCAGCAGCCAAAUCAAAUGCUCUGCACCGUAUUGUGACGUUUUAUUGAUAACGACCUUUAGCCUAGUUAACUAAUUAAUAGGUAUAGGUUUUCUCAAUGUUUUUUUUAAUGGUAUGACCCUACCUUUCCCUAUACCCCAGACAUCGUGCUAAGCGUGUGUUCCUGCUCCUGUGACACAUCUGGCCAACAUGUCCAUGUUCAGCACGGGCAUCCUGGUGCUCACCUCUCCCCUCCACACCCUCCCCCUGCGCAUUGCCCCUGUACUCAGCUCAGCUGCCCAGGUGGUGGAGCGCACCCUCUACGUCCAUCUCCAUCCGGGCCUGAACCUGGGUGCAGGCGGGGGCCAACCCAGGCCUGUCUUCAUCCCGCCCGUGGUGGAUCUGUCCAGCCUUAUCACUGGGCUCUACAGCAAUGCUGCCAACGUGUGCAGCCACCUGGACGUACGAGUGCUCCUCACCAACGUCCGCGCCCAGUCCAACAACUCCUCCAGCCCAGAGACAGGUGGGACAGUGGUAGCGGGUAACCCCUUCCCUUCCCCACAGCCCCUCUCCCACUCCCCCGAGGUGGUGCUAACAGACUUCGCCCUGCAGGACCCAUGCCAGUCCCCGCUGGUGGCCCAGUGUCUGCAGAGGUACGCCGGCCACUGUUACGUCUGCUCGCCCGGCUUGGCCUCAGUGCUGCUCCACCCGCAGCUGCAGAAUCUGGAGGAAGAGGUGGAGAAGGAAGAGAAGGAGGGCCAAAAGGAAGACUGGGAUAGUAGGUCGGACCCCAUGGAGACUUACGGUGAGGUGGUGGUAGGGGGAACGUUCGACCGCCUCCACGGGGCGCACAAGACGCUGCUGAACAUCUCUUGCCUCUUGGCGAACAAGCGGUUCCUUAUCGGGGUGUGUGACCAAGAACUUCUAAAAAGUAAGUGGAAUGAUGAGAAAGGACAAUGGUUGCUGUGUAAACAAGUUUCUUUGGGCAUUAUUAGGUCUCCUUGUCUUCUAUGCAUACACAAGGUAUUGUAUUCCUUACCCCAUAAUGGGCUAUAUAAUCUGAUAUUUUUGAUAAAGGAUUGUCACUGUUAAGAUGACUUUGAAAUUCACUGUGCUCCAGGGUUUCUUCUGGAUCAAAAAGGGUUUUAGGUGUUGGCAGGGAGUGCGGACCGUCGGCGGUGCAACAUUUUAGAGGCCCCCAUCUUGACAAUGUAGAGACAUUUGUGAAUUUUGAAGGCAAUGUUCUGUUAUUCAAAUUCUUGGAGCUGAGAGAAAAUUGUGCAGUUUUAAAGCUAAUUUCCUAUGCAUUUUGCCAUGGCUAAUGCUGUGUUAUUUUGCUCAAACAUAAUACCAAAAUCAAUACUGCAAUAGUUUCUAUUUUGGGGAUUGAUACUUUAUAUCUGGUUUUAGUCGUUUAAGUUUACACUGAAAGCGUUUUCCCAUCACAAAAAUGUAUGAAUUUACAAUGGCAGAAAAAUCCCUGCACUCGACCUUGACAUUGAAGACUGCGGAUUUACGGAUACUUUUGCACGAUAGGGAAAGAAAAUGUUUGAUGUCCCCUCCCCUGCCAUUUUCCUUGCCUCUUCUUCUUCGUCCUCUUCUUCCUCUUCCUCUUUCUCCACCUUCUCUUUCUCUUAUCUUCCUCCGCCUAUCCUCAGAGAAGGUGCUAAAGGAGCUAAUUGAGCCCUACGCCCUGCGGGUGCAGCGUCUCCAAGAGUUCCUGCAGGAUGUCAAGCCCUCACUGCAGUACGAGAUCGUGCCCCUCUCAGACCCCUUUGGACCCUCCGUUAUUGACGCCCAGCUGCAAUGCAUUGUGGUCAGCGAGGAGACCCGCAGGGGAGGCGAGGCUGUGAACAAGAAGCGCCUCGAAAAUGUAAGUGCGCCUUUUACUCUGCAAAGUUAUGGCCAGCCAGGUCUCCCUUGAAAAAUAGGUAUUUUGACCUCAAUGGAACAACCUGAUAUAAUAAACCGUGGCGGACCAUGGAUGGAUAUAAUUUAUAUAUUCUAUAAGUCUCGUGAUGUUGCGCCUCUGGGUUUAGGAACUCUGUGAGUGGGCCCCUCGAUACAGCACAGGCUGAGGGAUGGCUGGCUAUGUAUUGUUUGUGUUACGUCUGGCUGAAUGUAGCCUAUAUAUUCUCUUUGUUAUGUCUGGCUUGGUGUCUGAUGUCUUGUCAUCAACUGUCUGCCCUAUUAGGGUCUUCCAGGACUAGUGCUGCACGAGAUCCAGCUUCUGAAGGAUGCCCACCACACUGAGAUGGAGGAGGAGAAGAUCAGCUCCUCCAGCCUCCGCUCACGCCUCCUAGGGACCCUCCUCACAGACCCAAAAGUACACCCAUUACCCCUCUUCCCUUCCAGCCUGCUCUGGGGUGUCACAUACACCACACUAAUUUAUUUAUACUGGGUAUUUGAGACAGAAAGGGGUAUUGUGUACCCCUGAGAGUAGUUUCAGUUGCUGACACCGGCAAAACAUAGGGCUACUUUCAGUCUUUUUUGUCUCUAUGCAAAAGACAGGGUCUGCGUCCCAAAUGGCACCCUAUUCCCUAUAUCAGGGUUCCCCAACUGGCGGCCGGCGGGCCGAAUUCCGCCCUCGUGUGGUUUUAUUUGGCCCCCAAAGUUUUUAUUUGUAUUUUAUUAUUAUUAUUAUUUUCAUUGUGUGACAUAAGACUAAAAACACCAGGAAAUCAGCUCGAAGUGAUUUUAAUUUUGGAAAUCUGUUCCCACGUAUUCCCAUGCAUAAUAGAAUGGCACGUGAUUGUAGACAAAUGUAAGCAAGGUUUGAAAUGGUUGUUUUAGUCAUAUUAUAUCUGUUUGUGCUUCUUGCGGUCAAUUUGCAGUUUACUAAUUAUUUGUAAUUAUGUUCCGGCCCCCCGAUCAUCCGCUGAUGAAAAAAAUCGGCCCGCGGCUGAAUCUAGUUGAUGAUCCCUGCCCUGUAUAGUGCACUUCUUUUGACUAAGGCUCUGGUCAAAAGUAGUGCAACAUAUAGGAAAAAAGGGGGCCAUUAGGGAUGCAACCACAGCUUUUUCAUAACAAAUGAUAGUUACUACAGCAAGGUUACCAGGGUAGAGAAGGCUAUAUUCAGGGACUCUGUGUCUCUCCUCAAGCUGAAGAAACAUGCUAUUCAUCCAGCUUCGCUAACCGCAAAUGAUCUUUCACAGUGGCAAUUGCAGUCACACGAUAGACUACUAUUCACUGUAAUUGCCAGUGAGUGCUUUGUCAAGUACAUGGUUGGGAUGCAUAAGGUAUCACAAGGCCUGAUUUUCACAAUUCAGUUUCUCUUUAUCUCAUUGUAGUCUAAUUGGACGUGAGUGUUGUCAGUAUAUGAUUGAAUUAUGUGUAUAGUCAGGAUCGUAGAUGUAUGAUAUGUCAGACAUUUAGUGUGAUUAUUUACCACUUACACAUAAGGCCCCAUAUGACUGCUAAUGCAUUUUGAUGCCCCGUUCACCUUCACCCCUAUUGCCGAUCCCCUGUGAAGCAGGACAAGCCCCAUCUCCCACUGGUGCCCUACGUGAUUGGCCUGACUGGGGGCAGCGGCAGCGGGAAGAGCUCCAUCGCCCGGCGGUUGGAGGCCCUGGGUGCGGUCCGCAUCGACAGCGACCAGCUGGGCCACGAAACCUACCGGCCGGGGGAGGUUGCUUACAACAGGGUGCUGGAGGAGUUUGGAUCAGGUGCGGGUGGGUCCUCCGUCCACAUAGCUGACAGAAGCUGUCAUCUUAUUCUGUAUAAUGGAUAAUUUAUUUAACAGAUAUACUGUAAUGCUUUACCCAAAGCAUCUGUUUCAAUGAAUUACUCUUAUCGUUUGCAGAUCUUAUUAAUGAGGACAAAACUAUCAACAGACGCGCACUAGGCAGGAAAGUUUUUGGAAACAAGGUAAUGUUCGUGUAUGGCAUGUGUGAAAUACACCCUGAUAAUAUUUGAGAAAACAUAAAAUGUGAUAAUAUUUUAUGCAAAAAGCAUAUACAAUUAUCUGUAAGGUCCCUCAGUCAAGCAGUGAAUUUCAAACACAGAUUCAACCACAAAGACCAGGGAGGUUUUCCAAUGCCUUGAAAAGAAGGGCACCCAUCGGUAGAUGGGUAAAAAAAACAAAAACUGACAUUGAAUAUCCCUUUAAGCAUGGUGAAGUUAUUAAUUACACUUUGGAUGUUGUAUCAAUACACCAAGCCACUACAAAGAUACAGGCAUCCUUCCAAACUCAGUUGCCGAAGAAAGAAACCGCUCAGUGAUUUCACCAUGACUUUGUUGACUUUAAAACAGUUAGAGUUUAAUGGCUACGAUAGGAGAAAACUCAGGAUGGAUCAACAACGUUGUAGUUACUCCACAAUACUAACCUAAAUGAGUGAAAAGAAGGAAGUCUGUACAGAAUAUCCAAAACAUACAUCCUGUUUGCAAUAAGGCACUAAAGUAAAACUGCAAAAAAAUGUUGCAAAGAAAUUAACUGGGGCAAAUCCAACACAUAACUGAGUACCAUAUUUUCAAGCUUGGUGAUGGCUGCAGCAUGUUAUGGGUAUGCUUGUUACACGGCAAGGACUAGGGAGUUUUUUUAGGAUAAAAAGAAAUGGAAUAAAGCAAAACCCUAGAGGAAAACCUGGUUCAGUCUGCUUUCCAACAGACACUGGGAGACAAAUUCACCUUUCAGCAGGACAAUAACCUAAAACAAAUAUACAAUGGAGUUGUUUACCAAGUCGACAUAGAAUGUUCCUGAGUGGCCUAGUUACAGUUUUGAAUUAAAUGGCAAGACUUGAAAAUGGCUGUCUAGUAAUGAUCAACAACCAACUUGACAGAGCUUGAAUAAUUUUUUUAAGAAUAAUGUGCAAAUAUUGUCCCCAUAUCAAUUUCUCAACCAAUGAAUGUUGUCCAUGUCCAACUGGUAGCCAUCUAGGUGUCUUUAUCGAAAGAAUAAUAACAAUAUUGGACAGUGGUACUGCAAUAAUGUAGUUAGCCAUUUGGAGUACCUAGCUACAGACGAGAUCUUCACUUAAAUGACGUUAUCUCACUGCAGUAUUUGUACAAGGUAAAGUAGCUAGCUAUUGUCACUUCAUGUUUGUUGUUAUUUCUACGCACGAACGCUAGUGUCAGUACUAGCUAGUUUAUGGCAACCUACCUUGCUAGUUAGCUAGCUUGCUCUGUGCUCAGUCUUUUAGUCAGCUAGAGAUAUACUUCAAUGAUAGCUAUGGUUUGUGUAUGUUAUGGUAGUCAUUUCAAUGUGUAGUCUGCUGACAAUACUCCGGGGUUUACGUCGUUAGCCAAGUAAAAUUCAACUCCACGAUGUAGCUACUUCACAUCAACGCAGAGUUGAGCUUUACUUGUUGGCUAUCUGUGGUGUUGCAAAUGUUGUGAUUAUCAUAGCUAACUAACAUAGCUAGCUAACUAACGUUAGCUAGUUGGCUAUCCAGCUAGCUGCAAGUAACUAGCUAACAAAUAAGCUAAACACAUAUUUCCUCAAAUUGUCCUAUUUCUUUAGCAAAGGUCAAGGUGUCUUAUAGUUAGCUUAGCUAACGUUAGCUAGCUAAUAAGAAACCAAACUCUGUUUCUUCAUCCGUUUAGUUGUUAUUGAUUUACUAGACGUAGCUACCUACUGUACCGUUAAGUCCUUGGUAAAAGUCCAGGGGGACAGCUUUCCCUUCAAUAGGUUGUUAUCAGUAAAACGUCACAAUAAGGUGCAGAGCAUUCGAUUUACCUUCUGGGGAGCAAGGAGACCCCCAGCUCCGCUAAAACCAUUGACAACUGCAUGACAUUUUCAAUGGAUUGUUAAAUAAAUGUUAACUAUUUAGUUGUAAUAUCAUCACCACUUGAAGAACAAAGUCAGAACUUCACAUUUCCGAUUAUUCCAUGCAAAACAAUUGCGCACAUUUAUACAGCAAGUAUAAGUUAUACAGCAAGUAACUGCUUUCACGAUCAGUAAACAUCAAUUGAUCAUGUAAUUUCAGAUGCGUGAGGGUAGCCUCACGAUACCGCUCAGUAUUGGCCACCAUUGAUUUGAUAUUUGAGUGAUUAUAAAAUAAAAGUGAACUACAGUGCAUUCGGAAAGUAUUCAGACCCCUUGACUUUUUCCACAUUUUGUUAUGUUACAGCCUUCUUCUUCUACUCAUCAAUCUACACACAAAACCCCAUAAUGACAAAGCAAAAACAUUUUUCUUUACAAAAACGCAAAUAUCACAUUUACACAAGUAUUCAGACCCUUUACUCAGUACAUUAUUGAAGCACCUUUGGCAGCGAUUACAGCCUCAAGUUGUCUUGGAUAUGACGCCACAAGCUUGGCACACCUGUAUUUGGGGAGUUUCUCCCAUUUUUCUCUGCAGGUCCUCUCAAGAUCUGUCAGGUUGGAUGGGGAGCGUCGUUUCACAGCUAUUUUCAGGUCCCUCCAGAGAUGUUUGAUCGGGUUCAAGUCCGGCCUCUGGCUGAGCCACUCAAGGACAUUCAGAGACUUGUCCCGAAGCCACUCUUGCGUUGUCUUGGCUGUGUACUUAGGGUCGUUCUCCUGUUGGAAGGUGAACCUUCGCCCCCAGUCUGAGGUCCUGAGCGCUCUGGAGCAGGUUUUCAUCAACGAUCUUUCUGUACUUUGCUCCGAUCAUCUUUCCCCCGAUCCUGACAAGUCUCCCAGUCCCUGCCGCUAAAAAACAUCCCCACAGCAUGAUGCUGCCACCACCAUGCUUCACCGUAGGGAUGGUGCAAGGUUUCUUCCAGAUGUGAUGCUUGGCAUUCAGGCCAAAGAGUUCAAUCUUGGUUUCAUCAGACCAGAGAAUCUUGUUUCUCAUGGUCUGAGAGUCUUUUAGAUGCCUUUUGGCAAACUCCAAGCGGGCUGUCAUGUGCCUUUUACUGAGGAGUGGCUUCCGUUUGGCCACUCUACCAUAAAGGCCUGAUUGGUGGAGUGCUACAGAGAUGGUUGUCUUUCUGGAAGGUUCUCCCAUCUCCACAGAGGAACUCUGGAGCUCUGUCAAAGUGACCAUCGGGUUCUUGGUCACCUCCCUGACCAAGGCCCUUCCCCCCACCCCCCGAUUGCUCAGUUUGGCCAGGCGGCCAGCUCUAGGAAGAGUCUUGGUGGUUCUAAACUUCUUCCAUUUAAAAAUGAUGGAGGCCACUGUGUUCAUGGGGACCUUCAAUGCUGCAAAAAUAUUUUGGUACCCUUCGCCAGAUCUGUGCCUCAACACAAUCUUGUGUCGGUGCUCUACGGACAAUUCCUUCGACCUCAUCGCUUGGUUUUUGUUCUGACAUGCACUGUCAACUGUGGGACCUUAUAUAGACAGGUGUUUGCCUUUCCAAAUCAUGCCCAAUCAAUAUAAUUUACCACAGGUGGACAUCAAUCAAGUUGUAGAAGGAUGAUCAAUGGAAACAGGAUGCACCUGAGCUCAAUUUCGAGUCUCAUAGCAAAGGAUCUGAAUACUUACGGAAAUAAGGUAUGUCUGUUUUUUCUGUUUUAAUAAAUUAGCAAACCUUUCUAAAAACCUGUUUUAAUUUCUUCAUUAUGGGGUAUUGCGUGUAGAUUGAGGAUUUGUAUUUAUUUAAUACAUUUUAGAAUAAGGCUGUAAUGUAACAAAAUGUGGAAAAAGUCAAGGGGUCUGAAUACUAUCUGAAGGCGCUUAGUGGGCUUCUGUCCCAAAACAUUGUUAUCGGGCCUAAAAUGUGUUCUCAGUUGGUCUCUAAUGUGACAUAAUGGCAUCGGCUUCUGUUAAUCAUUAUAUCAACUGAUAUCCUCACAGUAUGUUUUAACAAUAUGUUAUAUAUACUUGUUUUGUCUUGUAACAGUUGUUAUAUAUUUUUUAUUUUAUGCACAUUAAGAUGAUUAUUGUAUAAUGAAAGCGCUUUACAAAUGUAAUAUAUGAUUAUUAAUAUUAUUACUAUUGUUGCAGGAGAGGUUGAAAGCCCUCACCGACAUUGUGUGGCCGGAGAUAGCUCUACUCGUCAAGGAAAGGAUCCAACAGGCCAGAGAAGAAGGUAUGUUGCUGAUUGAUAUGUGUCAAAGUUGUGUGUGUAUGUAUGUAUUUUUGUGUGUGUGUGUGCCUUCACCUGUGUGUACAGACAGUGGGUUUGUGUUCCCCUGUAGCUCAGUUUGUAGAGUAUGGCGCUUGCAGCGCCAGGAUAGUAGGGUUCUAUUCCCGGGACCACCAGUACGUAAAAUGUUAACACGCAUGACUAAGUCGCUUUGAAUAAAAGCGUCUGCUAAAUGGCAUAUAUUAUUAGUAUUAUAUUAUUCCCCCCAGGUAAACAGGUGUGUGUGGUGGACGCAGCUGUGCUGCUGGAGGCCGGCUGGACGGACAUCGUGCACGAGGUCUGGGUCGCCAUCAUUCCUGAGGAAGAGGUAACCCACAUCUGUACUGUGAACAUCUGAGAAAUAACCUAAUCGAUACAGUGCCCUUUGCACAUUUUUCAUUGUGUUGCCUUACACAACCUGGGAUUUAGGCACAGGGUUUUUCAUAACUCCUCUACACAACCUUGUCCUCAAUGUGAAAACAAACCAGAACAUUUUUAAUUGAAAAUAGUGAACGAAAUGGUGCAACGGUCUAAGGCACUGCAUCUCAGUGCUUGAGGCGUCACUACAGACCCCCUGGUUCGAUUCCAGGCUGUAUCACAACCGGCCGUGAUUGGGAGUCCCAUAGGGCGGUGCACAAUUGGCCCAGCGUCGUCCGGGUUUGGCGGGUGUAGGCCGUCAUUGUAAAUAAGAAUUUGUUCUUAACUGACUUGCCUAGUUAAAUAAAGGUUAAAUAAAAAAUAAAAUAAAAAUUAAGCGGUGCUAGUUCAAUUACAUUAACAUUUUACAUUUGAGUAAUUUAGCAGAUGCUCUUAUCACAGUCACCGCAAGUAGACCCUUGCAUAACAUCUAAUGCUAAAAGACAAAACACUGAUACAGACACUUUAAUUUUUUAUCCACCCCAACCCUCCUACCCUCCAGGCAGUGUCUCGGAUCACUGCAAGGGACGGUGUCAGCCAAGAGGACGCUGUGCGGCGGCUGCAGAGCCAGUGGCCCAACGCGCGGCAGGUGGCGCAGGCCAACGUGGUGCUCUGCACUCUGUGGGAGCCCGAGAUCACCCAGAGACAGGUAAGGAGGGGAGCGAGAGACCAGGGUCUUGUUCAUUAGGAACCAAAAGGAAGAAAACAAGGAGGGACUGGUCCAUUUUACAUCGCAAAACAUUUUGUUACUGUAUGCCCUAAUGAACAUGACCAAGGGCAAAGCCAGACACACUGACGGGGAAAAUGGCUUGAUAAAGCACCUUCAAAACAUUUUUAGUCAUUUAGCAGACGCUCUUAUCCAGAGCGACUUACAGUUAGUGAGUGCAUAAAUUUUUUCAAAACGUUCUGAAAUGUUUACCAUCCACGCAUAAAGGCUUCUUGAAUUUAUUUAUUUUUCAUAGGAACGAUCGUUUUUUAUUUAUGUAUCUUAGGCUGCGUCCAGAUUCUCCACCCUUCUUCUAAAGUGGGCACGCUACUUGCACACUUCCAAUCAGGGAUUAAAAAGUAUUGGAUUGGUGUAAACAUUGGUUGGAGGGAGUUUCCACUAAAGCUUACCGUAUGCUUCCAAGUCGAAACAGUUUGAAUAAACAGUGGCUUGUGAAAAUAUUCACCACCCUUGGCAUUCUUCCUAUUUUGUUGCCUUACAACCUGGAAUUAAAAUUGUUUUUUUGGGGGGUUUUAUCAUUUGAUUUACACAACACGCCUACCACUUUGAAGAUGCAAAAUAUUUUUUAUUGUGAAACAAGAAAUAAGACAAAAAAACAGAACUUGAGCGUGCAUAACUAUUCACCCCCCCAAAGUCGAUAGAGCCACCUUUUACAGCAAUUACAGCUACAAGUCUCUUGGGGUAUGUCUCUAUAAGCUUGGCACAUCUGGCCACUGGGAUUUUUUCCCAUUCUUCAAGGCAAAACUGCUUCAGCUCCUUUAAGUUGGAUGGGUUCCGCUGGUGUACAGCAAUCUUUAAGUCAUACCACAGAUUCUCAAUUGGAUUGAGGUCUGGGCUUUGACUAGGCCAUUCCAAGACAUUUAAAUGUUUCCCCUUAAACCACUCGAGUGUUGCUUUAGCAGUAUGCUUAGGGUCAUUGUCCUGCUGGAAGGUGAACCUCCGUCCCAGUCUCAAAUCUCUGGAAGACUGAAACAGGUUUUCCACAAGAAUUUCCCUGUAUUUAGUGCCAUCCAUCAUUGCUUCAAUUCUGACCAGUUUCCCAUUCCCUGCCGAUGAAAAACAUCCCCACUGCAUGAUGCUGCCACCAACAUGCCUCACUGUGGGGAUGGUGUUCUCGGGGUGAUGAGAGGUGUUGUGUUUGCGCCAGACAUAGCGUUUUCCUUGAUGGCCAAAAAGCUCAAUUUUAGUCUCAUCUGAUCAGAGUACCUUCUUCCAUAUGUUUGGGGAGUCUCCCACAUGCCUUUUGGCGAACACCAAACGUGUUUGCUUAUUUUUUUCUUUAAGCAAUGGCUUUUUUCUGGCCACUCUUCUGUAAAGCCCAGCUCUGUGGAGUGUACAGCUUAAAGUGGUCCUAUGGACAGAUACUCCAAUCUCCACUGUGGAGCUUUGCAGCUCCUUCAGGGUUAUCUUUGGUCUCUUUGUUGCCUCUCUGAUUAAUGCCCUCCUUGCCUGGUCCGUGAGUUUUGGUGGGCGGCCCUCUCUUGGCAGGUUUGUUGUGGUGCCAUAUUCUUUCAAUUUUUUAAUAAUGGAUUUAAUGGUGCUCCGUGGGAUGUUCAAAGUUUUAUAACCCAACCCUGAUCUGUACUUCUCCACAACUUUGUCCCUGACCUGUUUGGAGAGCUCCUUGGUCUUCAUGGUGCCGCUUGCUUGGUGGUGCCCCUUGCUUAGUGGUGUUGCAGAUUCUGGGGUCUUUCAGAACAGGUGUAUAUAUACUGAGAUCAUGUGACAGAUCAUGUGACACUUAGAUUGCACACAGGUGGACUUUAUUUAACUAAUUAUGUGACUUCUGAAGGUAAUUUGUUUUACCAGAUCUUAUUUAGGGGCUUCAUAGCAAAGGGGGUGAAUACAUAUGCACAGACCACUUUUCCGUUAUUUAUUUUUUUAUACUUUUUUGAAACAAAUAAUUAUUUUCAUUUCACGUCACCAAUUUGGACUAUUUUGUGUAUGUCCAUUACAUGAAAUCCAAAUAAAAAUCAAUUUAAAUUACAGGUUGCAAUGCAACAAAAUAGGAAAAAUGCCAAGGGGGAUGAAUACUUUUGCAAGGCACUGUAUUAUGACAAAAUGUUGUGACGUUUUGGUGUUCGGCCGGGGUUUUUUCAGCUCUUCGGGCACACAAAUGUAUUUCUUGAGGCAAGCCGGAGUUCGGUAGCCGAAGUCUACGUCCCUUCGUCAGUGAUUGCUCGACAUUAGGGAUUCUUCAUUGAAGUGUUUGUUGUCAUUCAACAACAGAUUACUAGUUUUCAUGCAUAUUUUUUCACUUUAGAAAUACUGCACUUAGUUAGAUAUGAAGUUGCGCGAUUAAGACCUCUGUAAAAAUUAAUGACGGAGUUCUUGAUUUAUCUUUAGAUUGAUUCGGACUAUUUUGAGGACGUGUUACUGUAUGUUGUUGCUACGGCGUCUCAAGAGGGGAAAAACUAAAAAAAUGUUUUUCUUGUUUUUCAAGCAAAUGUCUUUUUAAGGCAUUAUACGAGGCACUGACGUUCACUUUGCGUAGCCGAGUUCUGCUAGGAGCAAACCGAACCUAGUAUGCGGACGCCUUUAGGGGGUGAGUACUCGGACAAAACGAGUAUUGUAACGGAUGUGGAGUAUUUUUAGUAAUUAUCCAUGAUCUGGAUUUUUUUUGUUGCAGCCAGCACGCAUCUCUCUCAUUUCACCCAAAUAGUGCGAAGGACUGUGUGCUCUAAAUAACUGUCUAGUUCUGCUGUCUGUAAAGAAAUUGGCUGUCGUAGGUUGAUCCUGCUGCUACGAUUGGAUAGACCAAAGCUUUAUCUCCAUUCACUUACUCUUCAUCGCUUGAUAUUUUACUGGUCACUCUUCCAUGUUAUGCUCCGAUCACUUAGAUUGCUACUGCCUGCUGCUGCUAUGAUAAAUCAGCAAGCUAUCAAUGUGGAUAAUAUCUAACAAGCGGAGGAAGGGUAGGAAAAAAAUAUGAAAGGCUGAUGCACAUUCUCAAGGGUUAAAGUCCCCACGUUACUGCGACAGAUUUCUGUCAUGGAUUUUGUAUUUUACAUUUUUAUUGAAAAGGAUUGGACUUGGUCAAACGUGCAGUUUAAUACAUGUACAAAAUUAUCCUCUUUCCUUAAAAGCAAGAAGGUCAUGUCAUUUUUACAUGGAAGGGGAGGUUAACUUGGCCCUGCAGACUAUCGAUCUGAGAUCGACUUAAGUUUCCGUCAUGGGAUUUUUUUGUUGUUGCUUUAACCCCUGCGUUCUGACUGAGUGACAGCAAACUCAUCUACCCGCUGCAAGUUUUGAGAACACACACAAGUCCGCUUCUCCUGAUCUGCAGCUUCCUUGGUUUAUAUGAAAGUGCAGGGAGACGAUUAGGUAUUGCCAACCUCUACUUAGGCAUUUUAAAACUCUGUUUUUCCAAUUACUAGGAUCAUCACUGUGAAUUUACGGAUACAAAUACGAGUAUGGCCAGAUCGGCACACCCCUGGUUUCCACCAUUGUUAAAUCCAUGACGGGAUGGAAGUGCACACUUUGGGAAAAGAGUGAAGAAUCGGGACACAGCUUACACAUUAACGUUUCACAACCAAGUAUUUUCAUUAUAUGGCUUUCAGGGAGGAUAUAGAUACCAGUCAAUGCAUUGUAUAAACAAACCAUUUCUCACGUCUUCUUUUGCAUUUCAAUCCCAGGUACGGAAGGCAUGGGAUCUCCUUCAGAAGCGGAUCCAACAGAGAUGGGAAGGAGCGAAGCCACCGUCCUGAGCCAGACCUCCAUACACAUACACCACCUCAACAGUGAACUGCACACACACCGACUGUAAAGCCCUGCAAGGGAUGAGGGUGGCUCCAAAACGGCCAGGGUGCAAUCAUGUUAGGGACGUCUGCCUUAAAAGGAGCGCCACAACGGUUGCUUUGGUGUGCCAUCGCAACCACAAACCCCCCACGGAGGAUCUUACACCUGCAAAAGACGCUGGAGCCAUACUUGCGAACAUUAGAAAAAUGUAAACAGUUUCUCCGUCUUAAUGCACAUCAGCCAAUUAAAAUCAUUAAUAGAACGCUACAUUG